AUGCCCCCCUAUUCUCCCUCGUCCUCGUCGCUUGCCCUGCGCGCAUCCAUCGCCCAGAGCCUGUCCGGUCUCCGCAAUACAAGUCCCAAAGUUCCUUUCUGGGAACUGGCUGCUCACCGGGUCCCUACUCUCUGGACACUAUAUCGGGGUCUCUUGCGUGCUGCACCGGGCGAGAAUACACAAUGGCGCAUCCGGGGUCUGUUCCAGCGUAACCAUCAUCUCACCAGUCCUCUAGAGACACGCCAUGCACUCGCUAUGGGACACCGAGCAAGUCACUGGCUCGAAUACAUGCACCAAGCCCAAGCAGGCGAUACUCGCAAACAACGCGUCUUGGCUCGGUUCGAACGCACGUUUGGAGAAAUGAAGAACCGCGUCAAGUGGAAAGACAUAUACCGCGCGAACUUGUAUCUCCAUCUUGAAUGGAUAUACCAACUCCGCAAUAGACCCAUUCUCACAGGCGGAUUCAUGCGUCCUACCCUCUUCCACAAGCUCGUUCCGCGAAUGGCUCGCCAGCCGAUCCAUCUGAGCAUGAUGAUUCGCCGACGCCGUCUUGCCCGUGCCCGUCGUCUCGAAGAACAACGCAGGUUGAUGGAGUGGAAACUCGAUAUUGCUCGAGAACGUGAAUUCGAAGCGAGGUUGAUCGACUGGGGGUAUAUGAGUCAGGAUCAGGGAAUAUGGCAGACGAAUGAAUGGUUCCUGCCUAUAUCAAAACGCAUAGCCCUCAUUCAAGAAGCAUACACACAGGACAAGCGUCGAGCACUACACAUCUACCCACCGCACAUUGUCGCCCAAGUCAAACAAGCCCGCACACGGCGGAUCCAACGAAAGACGGAGCUAAACGAAAAGCUCGCGCGCGGAGAGUGGGUUACUAGGUGGAAAAGGGUCGCCGUGCGCAAGAUGGGCAUGUCGCGUGCGUCGAGGCGGUUGCGCGGGCUUAGAGACCCGGUUCAUCCCCAUCGUGAUAUCUUGUAUGCGCGUGUGAUGAGGCGCGUGGACGUGAACCCCCGCGCGGGUGCUGCUCCGCCUCAUAUUCUCCAAGGCAUGGAUGCGAAAGAACGCAAGAUGGAUCAAGCGAUUCGUGGGCGCAGUCCGGGUGGAUAUGUCACUCAGCUCAGGAGAGAAAAAGGCUGGAAAAGGGGACUCGAGCCUGGUCAGGGUCAAGAGGACGAGAGGAGCGGAGAGGCUGAGGCCAGGCUGAAGAAAUUGGAGGAUGCGAUCGAGGCGGAAAAUGGGAUGCGAAGACGGGUGGCGGAGAUUGGGUUGUCCAAGGGAAAGAAAAAGUGA